CACUCUCACACUCACACACUCACUCACACUCACACGCCUCCAGGGGUCAGAGGAAACUCCGAGAUGAGGGGAGGGGCUGCACCUGGCGGGGUUGCCCUCCCCUCCCCUUCCCGGCUCCCGAGGCCGUGUCUACACCACGGCACUCGGGGCAAUCAGGGCUUCAAGAGCUCGGCCUUUCCCGUCCUUCCCUCUAGUGCGGCUGCUCCUGCUGCGACCAGAGGCUCCGGCACGGCUGACGCCCCGCGAGCACGCCCAGGUGCCCAGAACACACAAACACAAGUUGACUGCGUCCAGGACUGGGCAGAACCGCGCAUGCGCCCUGUUCGGGUCUCGGCCUCAUACUGCACCUGCGCACGGAACGCCCCCGCGGAGAUUCCCAGAAGCCUCUGCGCUCACUUUGCCGGGGUACACAACUCGCAGGGCGGUUCCGGAUGCGCAGGCGCAGUUCGAGGGAGAAGCAAGCUGGGAAGCGGAGCAAGUUCAGGGGGAGCGAGAGGUGAGAGGGGUCUCAUGGCACUGAAUCUCCUUCCCCCCGAAGGAAGCCCGGAGGAGGAGGGCAGAUCCCCAGGGGUCCCCUUGGGCCUAGACCAGGAGGCCGUGUCCUUCGGGGACGUGGCCGUGGACUUCACGGAGGAGGAAUGGGGGUGCCUGAGCCCCGCUCAGUGGCAGCUCUACAAGGAGGUGAUGCUGGAGAACUACAGGAACCUGGUGUCCCUGGGGCUGAGAGAAGACAAACCAGACCUGAUCUCCUGGCUGGAACAAGGGGAAGAGGUCCCAAGCAGUCCCCGUCUCCGGGAAGGAGACCCUGCGGCUGCUGGGUCCUGCAGCCCACCUGGGCCUUCAGCCUGGGAUAUUACAAUUGAGAAUCACGAGGAGUCUCUUCUUAAACAAGAAAAAGGAACAUCAGAAACAUUAACGGGAAGUCCCACGAGGGAUGUUGUUCCCCAGGUUCCUGAAUUUGGGGAAGGUCCUAUCCAGGAGAUCACAUCCUGGAAGCAAAUAGGAAACCUUGCAGGGGAGACCACAAGGAAAGAAUUUUGGGAGUGGCCUUUCCAGGACAUCUCAUUAUGGAAACAAAAGGGAAACCCCACACAGGAGACUCCAAGGAAAAUAUUUUGGGAUAAUCCUGUACAAGACAUCACAUUAUGGAAAGAAAUGGGAAACAUUGUAGGGGAGACUCCAAGGAAAGAAUUUUGGGGAUGUCCUGUUCAGGAUAUCAUGUUGUGGAAACAAAUGGGAAACCUUGCACAGGAGAGUCCAAGGAAAGAAUUUUGGAAGGAUCCUGCCCAAGAUAUCACAUUAUGGAAGCAAAUGGGAAACCUUGCAGGAGAGAUUCCAAGGAAAGUCCUUUCUCAGGAAAGGGGUUUCGGUGAGUCCACUGUGCUUCAUAAGAAAAAUCCCACUCAACAAGGAAGCCUUGAAUAUACUGGCUUUGGUAAAAGCUUUAAUCAGAGUAUUUCCAAGCACAAAGCAUCAUGGGAUCAUAAUGAAUUUGGGAAUCUCUCCCAUUACUAUACACUCUUUAAUCAAUAUCAGAGAAACGAACCCUGUGAUUUGGAAAGUAGACAAGAUUUCAGCAAGAAUUCAUUUCUUAGUCAAAAUCAGAGAAUUUAUUCGGAAGAGAAACCUUAUAAAUGUGAAGGAUGUGGGAAGGCUUUUACCAACUAUUCAGAUGUUUUUAAUCAUGAAAGAACUCAUGGUGGAGAGAAACAUUUUAAGUAUAGGCAAUGUGGAACAGCUUUUAUGUGGAGCUCAGUUCUUACUGAACACCAGAAAAUUAAAAUUUGUGAUAAACCCUGUGAAUAUAAGGAGUUUAAGGAGAUCUUCAACCAGAAUUCAGACAUCACUAAGUAUGAAGGUAUUCAUAGUAGAAAGAAACCAUCUGACUAUAGUGACUGUGGGACAGCUUUUAUGUGGAGCUCAGUUCUUACUGAACACCAGAAAAUUAAAAUUUGUGAUAAACCCCGUGACUAUAAAGAGGUCUUCGGCCAAAAUUCAGACAUUACUAAAUAUGAAGGUAUUCAUAGUAGAAAGAAACCGACCGACUAUAGUGACUGUGGGACAGCCUUUAUUUGGCGCUCAGAUUUCAUGGAACAUCAGAGAAUGAUCACUAGUGAGAAACCUUAUGAAUGUAAGGUGUGUGGGAAGGCCUUCAGCCAGAACUCGUCCCUCACUCAGCACUUCAGGAUCCACACUGGAGAGAAGCCUUAUAAAUGUAAGGAGUGCGGCAAGGCCUUCCGGCAGAACUCGCACUUGAUUCGCCACCAGCUAAUUCACACCAGGGAGAAACCCUACGAAUGCCAGGAGUGUGGAAAGGCCUUCAGCCAGAGCUCAGACAUCAUAUAUCACGGAAGAAAUCAUGAUGGAGGAAUUUAUUAUAAGUGCAGGCAGUGUGGAAAGGCCUUUACAUGGAGCGCCAUUCUUACUGAUCAACAGAAAAUGCACACUUUUGAAAAACCCUACAAGUAUAAGGAGUUUGGAGUGGCCUUCAGCCAGACCGCGGACAUUUUCAAAUACGAAGGACUUCAUAGUGGGAAGAAGCCAUUUGAGUGUAAAGACUGCGGGGCAGCUUUCAGUUGGCACUCAAACCUCCUGGAACACCAGCGAACUCACACGGGUGAGAAACCUUAUGAAUGCAAGGUGUGUGGGAAGGCCUUCAGCCAGAGCUCCUCCCUCACUCAGCACUUCAGGAUCCACACCGGAGAGAAGCCUUAUAAAUGUAAGGAGUGCGGCAAGGCCUUCCGGCAGAACUCGCACCUGAUUCGCCACCAGCUAAUUCACACCAGGGAGAAGCCCUACGAAUGCAAGGAUUGCGGCAAGGCCUUCAGCCAGAGCUCGGACAUCAUGAAACACGAGAGGAUCCACAGUGGGAAGAAGCCCUACGAGUGCAAGGAGUGCGGGGCCGCCUUCAGCUGGCGCUCCUACCUCAUUCAGCACCAGAGAACGCACACGGUGGAGAAACCCUACGAGUGCAAGGAGUGCGGCAAGGCGUUCAGCCAGAGCUCGUCCCUGAUCCAACACCAUCGGAUCCACACCGGGGAGAAGCCCUACGAGUGCAAGGAGUGCGGCAAAGCCUUCAGCCAGAGGUCGUCCCUGAUCCAGCAUCACCGGAUCCACACCGGGGAGAAGCCCUACAAGUGCAAGGACUGUGGGGCCGUCUUCAGCGGGCACUCUGGCCUCAUCCAGCACGAGCGGAUCCACACCGGGGAGAAGCCCUACGAGUGUAAGGAGUGCGGCAAGGCCUUCAGGCAGAGCUCGGCCCUCAUCCACCACCAGAUCAUCCACACUGGAGAGAAGCCCUACAAGUGUAAAGACUGCGGGAAGGCCUUCCGCUGGAACGCGGUCUUCACGGAGCACCAGAAAAUCCACACCGGAGAGAUCCCCUACGAGUGCAAGGAGUGCGGCAAGGCCUUCAUCCAGAGAGCGGCGCUCACCCACCACCAGCGGAUCCACACCGGGGAGAAGCCCUACAGGUGCAAGCAGUGCAGCAAGGCCUUCAUCCAGCGGUCGUCCCUCACCCACCACCAGCGGACCCACACCGGGGAGAAGCCCUACGAGUGCAAGCAGUGCGGCAAGGCCUUCAUCCAGCGGUCGGACCUCACUCGGCACCACGUGAUCCACACGGGAGAGACGCCCUACGAAUGAGCGCACACUUCGGCCCUCCGGUGGAGAAACUGCAGCAGCAGCGAGGGAAGGACCUCAGCUUGGCUGCGGAUUAGCUUCUGUGCACACAGCAUACGUGGCGCAGCCGGACCUUACAAGUCCCCUGUUUAGCUAAGCUUUGGUCCAAAACCCCUUAGAAAAGUGGCUGAAGUCUUAGGAAGGGGGAGUAAGGAGAGUAACCCCACUUAAAAAUGGUACAUCUCUGUUGUCUACUUGUGACCCUUUGCCUUCUCCACCCUCCAGUGACUAGUGCUAUGAAGGGAGGUGACUUCUUUUCCUUUUGGGGAUUACAAUUUGGUACUAGCAGAGCCCCCUUCCGUUCUUUAGAGGAGUGGUCAAAGAAGAACUCUAGUAGUUUAGUAGAAGAGUAAGUGACUAUUUUAGAUAGUUAAAUCCUACCCACUCCUCUUUCAGGAAACUUGCUUUAUGAUUGUGACCUCUUCCUUGUUCAAGAUUCCUAUAAAGGGUACUUCAAAACUGUCUUGGGGUAGAGACCUGUCCUAGGGCUAUACCAGUUUGGACAUUUUUCUCUCUAGGAUAGAAUUACUUGGAUUUAGAAUACUGGUUAAUAAAAUUGGUUCUGGCAGACGUCCCUAAAACACAAA